AUGUGUCUCUCUCGAACGACCACAGAGUCGUCGCCUCUCUCGUUCUACAACGACGACGACGAAGGCGACCACCACUUCCUCCCCUUUGACGGCUACGACGACCUGCCGCUCUGCCAGCAGCCGCCGUCAUCGCCACCCGCUACAACGAAGCGUCGAGCCCCGCCGCCGUGCCCCCCUCCCGAUGAGCCGCUACUGGCUGGGCUGGAUCACAUGAUGACCCCUACGCACUCCUACCACCCCUCGCCUUCGUCUUCUUCAACCGGCAGCGCCGCCACAUCUACGCCGACCACGACAUCAUUCUCGUCCUCUACGCCACCAUCAUCCUCAUCCUCAUCUACCUCGGCCUCUUCAUCAACCGCGCCCACCCCGCAGUUUUCCCUCCUACACACGAACUCGCACGCGCACCACCUGCUCGACCUUCUACACAACGUCAGCGGCGGCACGCCGGGCUCCAUCAUCACCACCUCGUCGUCGGCCUCGCCGCACCACUGUGGGAAGGCCGGCGGUGAGCCGUCGCCGUUCCAAGCGCCAUCAGGUGGCGGCGGCAGCCGUCAACAAGGCCAGCACCAGCAGCACCAGCACCAGCAGCACCACCAGCAGCAGCAGCGCCGAAGCAGGUCACCGAUCCGCAGCGGUGGCGGCGGUCAAGGGCAGCAUCCGUCGGAGGGGGUGAACCAGUUCCGGCUGAGCGUGCGCGUGCCGUCGCUGGGCGUGUUCUACGUGUUCGUCGAUCCGCGAAGCAAGGUGGCCCGUCUGGUGACGAUGGUCGAGCAGCAGGUGGCCGAGCUCUACCGGUCGCAGAUCUCGGUCUACAAGCUCCAGGACGAGUUCAGCGUCGACCUCCCGCCGUCCUACACCGUUGGCUCCAUGCUUCGUCACAAUGCAACCGUCAUGGUCGACUACGAGCGCCGGGACUACGCCGCCAUGGCGGUUCACAACGACCAACACAACAGCCACCACCACCACCAGAACUUCAACAGUUCUGCUUCGUCUUCGUCUUCUUCAUCGUCGCACCUGCCGCCGGCCGGGAUGUCGUCGCCGGCCUCGUCGCCAACGAUUCAGCGUAGGGGAGGUGUCACGUUCGCACAGCCGCAGCCCACAACCGCACUCUACUCGGCACCGAUGGCGAGCAUGACCGACAGCACCGCCUCCUCGCGGGCAGCCACCAUGCAGCCGCCCGCGCUCGCGUCCGGCUUCACCGAAUGUAAAACAGCACAACUAUCACACUUCAUCUCCGGCUCCUCUUCUUCGUCUUCGUCUUCGUCUUCCUCCUCUUCUCUUCCUUCGACGACGUACGAGAGCUCUACAACGAUGUCGGCGUCGUCAUCAUCGUCGUCACUCUCCCAGCCGGCUUCGACUCCGGCCUCGACCACCACCGUCUCCCCCGUCGAGCCGUCGUCACCUCCGGUCGCGGCGCCGGGCGCAUCUCUGGGCGCCGGCGGGCCGACGUCAGACAUGCAGUUCAGCGAACAGCCGCCGGCCAAGGUCUUCCAGAACAAGGAGUUCAGCUGCACCAUAUUGGUGGCCAACCAGCUCCUCGACAGCUUGCACGACCUGCCCGACGAGCGAUCACGCUCCGCCCGAGCACCGCCGACGACGGCGGCGGCGGCAACGAUGGUGAUGACUUCGGCGGCCGACUCGAUGACGACGAUCCAGGCGGUGACGGGUGCGGACGGCAGCACUGACGGCGGCUUCGGCGGAGCGUCGGAGCUGCUGGAGCUGCUGCCGAUCGAGGUGAGCGUGGUGGAGCAGAAUGGGAUGGUGCUGAGCGACCGCGACUACUCGAUGCGACAGCUGCUGAUGGACAAGCGCAAGGGGAUGCUCAUCGUCUUCAUCAAGAUCCGCAAGAACUCGUACUAUGGUCGGCGGCCGUUCGUGGUCAUGCUCCGCGGGCGCAAGCAGUUCAGCGCCCUGCCGCCGCUCUUCUCCGAGCCCAUCAUCGUGUCGGCCAAGAAGAAGAAGAAGCGAUCGAAGAAGGCGAAGUUGCAGGCGGACAACAACACCACCCCCGCUGCUGCGGGCGGCGUGGCGCCAUCGGGGCUCAACCCGCUACAGCCGGCCUUCGUCUCCCUGUCCUACCCUCCCACCUCGAGCGAACCUACUCUGCCAUCACCAUCACGGCGUCCUUCCUAG